AUGCCCGCCACAAUCUACGUUCCGAGUCCGCUCGAGAAUCUGCCCAACGACACAGACGUGGUCGGCCAUGACAAGCCUGUUGUGCGACCCCAUAUCAGAGAGCAUGAUGACUCUCAGCUCCGCACUAUAGACGGCCUCAUUCGUCACCGCGCCUCACUGUACCCUCAUGAUCAUGUCGUUUCAUACCCCUCCUCAGGCAUCAACUAUGUCGACUACACGCUUCAGCAACUGGACGUUUUUGCUUGGAGAGUAGCCAAGUACUAUGAGCCUGAGCUACCAAUUCGGACAUCGUCAAGCCAGAAGCCUACAGUUGUUGCUAUGCUGGGCCCCUCAAAUCUUGAGUACCUCAUCACUAUGCUAGCGCUCAACAAACUGGGCCACACAGCGCUGCUUCUAUCAACAAGGAUUCCCCAAAUUUCCGUUGAGUCAUUGGUCAACGCGACAGGAGCUACAGCCAUCAUUGCCGAUGGGCGAUUUGUUGACCUUGCGGAUAAUGUCAGCAAGACUAUCCCAACUCUACAGUCUCUUCGGAUUGCUGGCAGAGAGACGUUCGAAUACCCCAUCGAAGCUCAUGGAGACACGCAAUUGGACGGACACUUGGAUCCAGAGGUUGAAACCGAGAAUAUUGCUUGGAUUAUUCACUCGAGUGGUUCAACCGGCCUCCCCAAGCCAAUCUACCAGACGCAAAAGUCAUGUUUGCCAAAUUAUGCCAUUCACAUGGACAUGAAGUCCUUCAUCACCUUGCCUUUAUUCCACAACCACGGCAUCUGCAACAUGUUCCGUGCCAUCCACUCGCGCAAAGCUAUACACCUCUACAACGCCGACCUGCCACUUACCCAAGACCACCUUGUCAACAUUAUGCGGGAACACAAAUUUGAGAUAUUUUAUGGUGUGCCAUAUGCCCUCAAACUUCUUUGUGAGACAGAAGAAGGAAUCAAGCUUUUGCAAGACCUCAAGGUUGUCAUGUACGGAGGCUCGGCGUGCCCCGAUGAUCUUGGCAACCUGCUGGUUGACAAUGGGGUGAAUCUCGUUGGACAUUACGGAGCAACCGAAGUCGGACAGCUCAUGACCUCCUUCCGACCUGAGGGAGACAAGGCUUGGAACUAUGUCAGAGAAAGUGACAAGAUCUCUCCUUUCCUCAAGUGGGUGCCACGAGGGACCAACCUGUACGAGUGCUGCGUCACGGAUGGUUGGCCAGCCAAGGUGCAAUCCAACCAGCCCGACAAUUCGUACGCAACCAAGGAUCUCUUCGAACCGCACCCUACGAUUCCUCGAGCUUGGAAGUACAUCGCCAGAAUGGACGACACCAUCGUCUUGGUCAAUGGCGAGAAGUUCAAUCCUGUUGCGAUGGAGGGUUCUAUCCGAUCCAACAAGAACGUGAAGGAAGCCGUCGUUUUUGGAGCUGGCCGACCUUACCUCGGAGUUCUCAUCGUCCCCUCAGAGAUCUGGGCUGGUAAGCCAGAGGCCGACAUUCUUGAAGCUGUCUGGCCUAUUGUUGAGCUCUGUAAUCAGUCUGCAGAUUCUUUCGCUCGCAUCUCCAAGUCCAUGGUCAAAUUGUUGCCCUGGGACUGCGAGUAUCCCCGGACGGAUAAAGGCAGCGUUAUUCGUCAGGCUUGCUACAAGAACUUCAAGGAGACAAUUGACGAAGCGUAUGACUCUGCGGAUGUGCAAGGAGGCGAUUUGAAAGAGUUGGAUCUUCCCGACUUGCAGAGCUUCCUUCGAGAACUUCUUGUUCAGACUCUCUCCCUCGAGGAUGCGCCCGCGGAUGAUGUAGACUUCUUUACACUGGGCUUGGACUCUCUUCAGGCAAUCCAGAUGAGAAGCGAGGUUCUGAAGACAGUGAAGCUGGGAAACAACAAGUUGGGCCAGAACGUCGUCUUUGAGCACCCUUCCAUCGAGCAAUUGAGUCAGUUCUUGCUGGGACUUCGCCUUGGCCAGGACUCGGUCAAGGCUGGCCCAAUUGAGCAGGAGAUGGGACAGCUGCUUGAGAAGUACGGAAAGUUUACUGAACAGGAGCCUUCAACAACUUCUAACAUUUUACAGGUCAUCACAGGUGCUACUGGCUCACUCGGCGCUCACGUCGUUGCAAAGCUCGCCACAGAUCCCUCGAUUGGCAAGAUUUACUGUCUCGUCCGAGCUUCUGAUGAUGAUCAGGCGCUCUACCGAGUCAAGGAGUCUAUGCUCCAGCGCAAGGUUUACCACAACCUCCCUCUCGAAGCUCGUCGCAAGAUUGUCGCCCUGCCCUCGGAUCUUUCGGAUCCUCAUCUCGGCCUCCUGAGCGAGACUUAUACAUCCGUCACGACAAACCUUCGGUCUGUCAUUCACUGCGCGUGGUCGGUCAACUUCAACAUGCAACUCUCAAGUUUUGAGAAGGGCAAUAUAGCGGGUGUCAAGCAUCUUAUCGACCUGUGCCAAGCCGCCGGACCUACAGCCUCGAUGAACUUUUGCUCUUCAGUCAGCACAUGCUCCCGAGCCACCGUUGUUCCAGUGCCUGAGGCAGCUCCGCCAUUUGAGUGGGCACAGGGAAUGGGAUAUGCUCAGUCCAAGUCGGUCUCUGAAAACCUCUGCGCCAAAGCGGCUGAGGCGGGUGUCACCACUCGUGUUCUCAGAGUCGGUCAGAUUGUCGCUGAUACUCGCCACGGAAUCUGGAACGCCCAGGAAGGCGUCCCCAUGAUGAUGCAGACAGCUGUGACCAUCGGUGCUCUCCCUAAGCUGAAGGAGACGCCAUCAUGGCUACCGGUUGAUGUCGUGGCCGAAGCUGUUGUUGACAUUUCCCUCUCCGACUCGGGCAGCGUGUUCACCAACAUCGCCAACCCCAAGACGUUUGACUGGACUCAACACCUUCUUCCUGCCCUACGAAACGCUGGUCUGACAUUUGAUGAGCUGGAGCCAAAGGAAUGGGUGCAGCGUCUUAGGGCGUCAAACCCUGACCCUACGGCCAAUCCUCCCAUCAAGCUGGUUGACUUCUUCGCAUCCAAGUACGACAAGGACGAGUUUACACCUUCAAAGGCUUUUGCUACCAAGAAAGCUUGCGAAUUGUCACCCGCCUUAGCCAACGCUGGUGUAUUGGAUCAAGAUUUCGUCAACAAGUUCGUUUCGUAUUUCCUCAGCACGUCUUGGAAGACAAAA